AUGAAUCAGCAGAACACCUUCACAUCGAUUCACAUAGAAAACUGCUUUGAGACUAACAGCGCAUUCAUGGGACAGUGGCUUUCAGCAAAACUCGACUAUUCAUUUGUAUCUGAAGGCGAUACUACACUGGAUGGUACACCUAAAGACUGCAAGAAAAUCCUCCACAUCGAUCCUCGUUCUCCAACGGUCGACAUCGAUAGAACGCCUAUCGAAGUGAACAGUGUAAUCACAGCCCUUCGCACGCACAUACGAACGAAAGUGAGCACAAGAUAUUCGGUGUGCAACGUUAGCACAACUUGCGCUAAG